AUGAGUGGUUUCUACUCUUCACGCUGUACAGCAGCCUUGUCGAAAUCAUCAACUCGCCCAAUCCUCUGCUCAAACCGACGGCUAUUGUCGACAUCGUCAGUACGAUUGUCGUAUAUCGGCUCAACACCGAUUGUUAUUCCUCCAGACAUCACUAUUGAGCGUGUCUCGCUCUCGAAACCCCGUGAAAACGCGACUUCGAAAAAGGACGAUGUCAAGCAAGAAGAGCGGCUGAUCGUACGGGGCAAGAGCGGUGAAACAAGUAUAAAGAUCUACGACUUUAUGCGCUUCGUCUUACCCCAGAAAGGUGCCGCCUCUGCAUCUACAUCGACAGCACCAGAAAAGGAUGGAGAAAAGGAGUUCAAGAGCAAACGAAGAAACCCAGCUUGUCCCCCAAUAGCUACAAACGAAGCUUUUUCCCUAUCUGGAGCGUCGGCUGGCUCGCCGCGGGAACUCACCCUUUUUGUCGAAUCUCCCGACGACAAGCAACAACGCCAGCUAUGGGGAACCACCAGAACACUCAUCGCCAAUGCCGUUCAGGGGCAAGGAGAGGGGUAUAUGGUUCCACUCUACCUAAUCGGUGUCGGUUACCGUGCGGCGCUGGAGGAGGAUCAGUUAUCCCUAGCCGCGAUGCAAAGCGCAUCAAAGGCGUCACCUGCUUCAAGUAUAGCCUCGGAGAAUCCUGCGAUUGUCGAGACCGUCUCGUACGAUCAAUACCCUCGACGGCGGCUAGCUCUUCGUCUAGGUUAUUCGCAUGUCAUUUAUCUCAUGAUACCACAAGAUAUCAGGGUCACGGUUCCAAGUCCGACAAUCAUCCAACUGUGGGGACGAGACAAGCAAAAGGUGGCGCAGUUUGCGGCCAAUAUCCGCUCGUUACGUGAGCCAGAGGUAUACAAGGGCAAGGGUGUCUUUGUUGGAGACGAAAAGAUCAAGAUGAAGGUUGGCAAGAAGAAGUAG